AUGUGGUCGGCCGGAUUCAUCGCACUAGUAUUCUACGUCUUCCUCGGCGCGAACCUGUUCUCUCGCCGGUCGCCGUAUUUCCACGACCGCGGAGCACCGCCAGCCGGCGCCUGGGCAGAUGGACCACUGAAGCUAGUCGAUACUCCGUGGACGCUGCACCAAAAGAACGACCUCUUCACCACGGCGGCCACGCACAUGGCGCUCCUGCACAACGCCAUCGUCCGCGGCUACAACUCCAUCUACCUGCAGGCGCCGCACGUCCGGGGCGACGACGUGCCCGACUUUGCGGCGUACGCCCUGACGUGGCACAAGUUCCUGGUGUCGCACCACGACGACGAGGAGGACAAGCUGUUCCCGGACAUGGCCGGGAUACUCAGGGACGACGGGAUCUGGGGCAACAUGACGCAGGAGCACGAAUCCUUCCUGCCGGGGCUCGCUGCCUUCCAGGCACUCCUCAACACCACCGACGCGACGGCGUAUGACGCCGGGGCCCUCCGCGGGGUCAUGGACUCGUUUGCGGCGGACCUCUCGGCGCACCUGCACAAUGAGGUGGCCGUCAUGGCGGCCAUGGCGGCGCACGAGAACGCGCCGGCGCGGGAGUCUCUCCGGGGCGCGCUGGCGGGCGACAUGCUCAAGGCGUGGGGGAAGAACACCGUCACAAAGGCCGGGUACGUCGACGUGCUGCCGUUCUUCCUGCUCAACACGGACCGGACGUUUGAGGGCGGCGUGUGGAGGAACUGGCCGCGCAUGCCCGAGGCCGUUCGGUGGAGUAUGGUGAAUCUGGUGGGGAUGAGGCACGGCCCGCGCUGGAGGUUUUCGAGCUGCGAUGCUGCCGGGCGGCCGAGGGAGCUGUUUGCUUUGAAGGCCUUGAGAGAGGAGAAGGAGAGGGAGAAGGAGAGAUCUGAGUUGUAG